UUUGUUGCCAUAGUGACGGACGCUCGCCGCGGGUCCACUCGAGUAGCCGGCAGGGCCUACCCGCUGUGGAGCGGGCAUGGACUAUACCGGCAGCUCCUACCGCGGGGAGCGCGUCAACGGCAGGUUGGAAGGCACGGGCGCUUACACCCUCCCAACAGAAACCAAGUACAUGGGUGAGAUGAAAGAUGGGAUGUUUCACGGCAAAGGGGUCUUGUACUUUCCCAGCGGAAGCAAGUACGAAGGGACUUGGGACAAUGGAAUAUCCAUAGAGGGGAAAUACACUUUUGCAGAUGGUUUGGAGUACAAAGACGACCGAUGGCAUUAUUGCGAUGGCUACGACAGAAGGUUUUAUACAGAAAUCUGCAAGGGCCUGAAGCCAGCAGGCAUUUCCCAGCUUACAAACCUGGAUCCUCCUCGGAUCAUCCCAGCAGGCUGCUACGACUGUGGUGAUGGCUUCUAUAACCCCAAAACCAGAGUGGUUGUCGAUUAUAUGCGCCGGUUUCUGAGGAAUGCAGGCUAAAGGCCCCGCCCCCACCCUGCCCCCAGCUAAAGGACUCCUACUUUGACGUGAACUGGGGCCACUGAAUAGGGGGCAAUGGAAAAAGAAUGAACUUUUAAAAGAGGAAACAAAACACUGAUGCGAUUCUCAUUCCCAACGUGGAGAGCUGCCUAAUUGCACCAGGAUGAUAAUUUCCAGUUGAUUAAAGAGUAUUUGUAUUCUUUCUCUCCCCACCCCGCUCGACUCACCGCCACCACCGUUUUUAGAAAGAAGAAAUCGCAUAAGAAGGUGAAGAUGUGCUUUGGUGCUCAAAUUAAUAUAACCCAACAAUUGCCUUAUAUAUAGAUAGUAAUUACAACUCCAGGCUUUAAUUCCGCUUUAAAUAUGGAUGGAACACAAGUGUCCCUGCUCACCCUGGUGUUGCAGGGUUAUGGAAGCCGCCGGGGAUGGCACAAGGAGAUCGGUGUGGUUAACAAGCAGCUGCCGCCAAGCCAGAUCAGCAUCUGUGAUUUAAAUUGUUAGCUGCACAGUCAGGUAGAGUGUAAAAAGGGUGGUCGAGAGGCUGUUAAGUCCCUGGCCGCCAAUUACAAACAAUCAAGGAGGAGCCUGAACAUUCGUUCAGUACAAUAAACCCAGUUUGCCUUGUUUCAGGGGUGACUGCUGAAGAGGCUGCAGCUGCACUGAUUCAAAUACCCAGCAACUACAGUGAUUAUCAGGCAGCCUUCUCCUU